CACGUUUUCUGAGACACUGCUCAACUGCUUAGACAUUCUGAGCCUACUGCAGAGUAACCUCCAGUCGCAGCACCAUGAACCAAAGUGCUGUUCUUAUUUUCUGCCUUAUCUUUCUGACUCUGAGUGGAACUCAAGGAAUACCUCUGUCUAGAACUACACGCUGUGCCUGCAUUAAGAUUAGUGAUCGACCUGUUCAUCGAAGAUCCUUAGAAAAAAUUGAAAUGAUUCCUGCAAGUCAAUCUUGUCCACGUGUUGAGAUCAUUGCCACAAUGAAAAAGAAUGGGGAGAAAAGAUGUCUGAAUCCAGAGUCCCAGACCAUCCAGAAUUUACUGAAAGCAAUUAGCAAGCAAAGGUCUAAAAGAUCUCAUCAAACACAGAGAGAAGCAUAAUCGAUGUACAACUGAUACGAUGGACCAAAGAGAGGCUGCCUCUGCCAUCAUUUCCCUACAUACAGUACAUGUCAAGCCCUAAUUGUCCCCGGAUUGCAGUUCUCCUAAAAGAUGACCAACCACAGUCACCUCACUAGCUGCAACUACUCCUGCAGGGAGGUGGAUGGUUCAUCAUCCUGAGCUGUUCAGUAGUAACUAUGCCUUGGCACUAUACUAUAAGCUAUGCUCAGGUGCUACAUUCUUAGUAAAUGUGCCAAGUCCUAGCCCUGCUACUGACACUUUACUCACCUUGCCUAUCUUUUAAAGGUUAUCAAGGGAUCUUUCCACCUCUGGGCUUAUCAGAGGUUUUAGAAUCUCAAAUAACUAAAAGGUAUGCAAUCAAAGUGAUAAUACAAUCUGUUUCUUUCUU